AUGUCGACUCCAUCACCUCAGACGUACACCUACAAGACGUUUACCAACACCGACGGCGAGCAGACUGCCAUCCCCGUCGACGUCUACAUCCCCGAGACCGAUGCUCAGACCAAACUGACUCCGGUCGUAUGGGUGCACACCGGCGGCUUCCUGCAGGGCACACGCAGGUUCGUUCCGCCCCACUUCCUGCGAGCGCUCGCAAAGCACAACCUAGCGCUUUUAGCCCCCGAUUUUCGCCUCUGCCCCCAGGUGUCCAUCUUGGAAGUGCUCGAGGAUGUGACAGACUGCGUGCGAUGGACUCUCGACCCGGAAGUCAGAGCUGCUUCGGGGUUCACAUCUGACCGCGUGGCAUCCGACAAGUACAUCUUGGGUGGCUCCAGCGCUGGAGGCUGGCCUGCACUGCUUCUCGGUCUCGGGCUGCACGAGCAAUCGAAGCGCCUUCCUCGCCCGCCGAGCGCCGUCUUUGCCAUUUACGCCAUCACCACCGUCACCGAAAGUCUGGCGCCAUUCUUCUACGAGCCGCAAAAGCCUCUUUCAUGGGCUGUGGACGGGAAGCUCAUCGAGAAGGAGCCGAUUGAGCGCGAGGGUCACCUCGAAAAGUGUCUCGACAAAGACCAUCAGUUGCUCAAGUUGUCGUCGGUCAAGAUUCGCACCGAGGCACCUCCGGCCAGCAACCCUGUCCGUGCAGCCCUCUACAACUUUGCCAGACAGGAAGGCGUCUAUCCGACACUCAUCCUGCAGGACCCAUCAGAAGCCCCGAAAGUGUGCACGCCAUCCUUGAUCAAGUCUGGGGUAAAGGCAGCAACGACGCCCGUGCUAAUUGCGUAUGGCGACUCAGACCCAAAGGUGCCCCACUCGCAGUCGUUGCACGUCGUCGAUGCGCUCAAGACUGUCGGGUACGACGACAAGACGCUGCUCGUAAUUGAAGAGAAGGGGGCUGAUCACCUCUUCGACAUGGAAGCAGAGAAGGAGGUCGACGGCAUGUGGGAUUGGCUCGCUAAGAAGCUCUAA